AUGUCGGCGCUGCGGCGGAAGCUGGGGGACGAGUACCAGGUGGUGAGCACGUCGGCCAGCGGCGGGGGGCUGCCGCCGCCCCGGGCGGCCCCGCGGGGGAAGCGGCAGCGCUUCGUGGACAAGAACGGGCGGUGCAACGUGCAGCACGGGAACCUGGGCGGCGAGACCAGCCGGUACCUCUCGGACCUCUUCACCACCCUGGUAGACCUCAAGUGGCGCUGGAACCUCUUCAUCUUCAUCCUCACCUACACCGUGGCCUGGCUCUUCAUGGCCUCCAUGUGGUGGGUGAUCGCCUACAUGCGGGGCGACCUGAACAAGGCGCACGACGACAGCUACACCCCCUGCGUGGCCAACGUCUACAACUUCCCCUCUGCCUUCCUCUUCUUUAUAGAGACCGAGGCCACCAUCGGCUACGGGUACCGCUACAUCACGGACAAAUGCCCCGAGGGCAUCAUCCUCUUCCUCUUCCAGUCCAUCCUGGGCUCCAUCGUGGACGCCUUCCUCAUCGGCUGCAUGUUCAUCAAGAUGUCUCAGCCCAAGAAGAGGGCCGAGACCCUGAUGUUCAGCGAGCACGCCGCCAUCUCCAUGCGGGACGGCAAGCUCACCCUCAUGUUCAGGGUGGGCAACCUCCGCAACAGCCACAUGGUCUCCGCGCAGAUCCGCUGCAAGCUGCUCAAAUCUCGCCAGACCCCGGAGGGCGAGUUCCUCCCGCUCGAUCAGCUGGAGCUGGACGUGGGCUUCAGCACGGGGGCUGACCAGCUUUUCCUCGUGUCCCCGCUCACCAUCUGCCACGUGAUAGAUGCCAAGAGCCCCUUCUACGACCUCUCCCAGCGCAGCAUGCAAACGGAGCAGUUUGAGAUUGUCGUCAUCCUGGAGGGCAUCGUGGAAACGACGGGGAUGACGUGCCAAGCCAGGACAUCCUAUACCGAGGACGAGGUGCUCUGGGGUCAUCGUUUCUUCCCUGUUAUCUCCUUGGAAGAGGGGUUCUUUAAAGUCGAUUACUCCCAGUUCCACGCAACGUUUGAGGUGCCCACCCCACCGUACAGCGUGAAGGAGCAGGAGGAGAUGCUGCUCAUGUCCUCUCCCUUGAUAGCACCCGCUGUGAGCAACAGCAAGGAAAGGAAUAACUCGGUGGAGUGCCUGGAUGGUCUCGACGAAGUUGGCACAAAACUGCCUUCAAAACUGCAGAAAAUAACUGGGAGGGAAGACUUCCCCAAAAAACUCCUCAGGAUGAGUUCCACCACCUCUGAGAAGGCCUACAGCAUGGGGGAUUUACCCAUGAAACUCCAGCGGAUCAGCUCGGUCCCCGGGAAUUCGGAGGAGAAACUGGUGUCUAAAACCACAAAGAUGAUGUCGGAUCCCAUCAGCCAGUCGGUGGCCGACCUGCCGCCCAAGCUGCAGAAGCUGUCAGGCGGCGGCGGCAGGAUGGAAGGGAACCUUCCACCCAAACUGCGAAAAAUGAAUUCGGAUCGGUUUACAUAA